AAGUAAGCUGUUUCCCAUUGCCAGGAUGGAUCCCAAAUGUAUGAAAUGGGUAGCUAGAUGCCAACUAGCAAGCAUUUUGAGAAGAUGAGCCCGCACAUACACAAAUAUUGCCUUGAGAUUGCAGUGCGGAAAUGAAGCCUCUGGUGUAUCUGGCACAGAACCAGAUGUGGGACCCUUCCUUCCACGCUAAAAUGGAAUAGCAAUGUGUAAACCUGGCAUUCAAGAAAACAUUUCCCCUGAAGUCAUAGCUUUCCUGAGAUUACUUUUUGGAGAUAGAUAUCUGCUAUCUGCAGUGCUCACAUUGACUUCUUUUCAAUUGUCCUAUUUCCUUUCUGCCUUUAAAAGAAUGGUUUAUCUGCACAGCCCGGAAGGGUGUUGUCUAAAAAAAAAUUGCAAGCUUUGUAAAGCUGAAACACUUGGUGUGCAGGCUGAAAGAACAAAACAAUGCUGAGCCUUUAAAUAAAACACAAGCAUCACAAUGCGUUUUUCAGAGAGAUGGCGUCAGUGUCCAGCAAGUUGUGCUAUUACCCAGGAUCUGCUAGUUUCCAGCUGGUCACUAUACAAUGGAUGGAAGAGCAGACUCUUUGGUGAUGACUGUGCACCUGCUUGCCAAAUCUGGGUAUGCGUUACUCUUGCAGCAAACCCUCAGUCAGCUUCAGGAGUGGAUCUGCCUUGAUGUAUGCCUGUUCCUUGUCUCAGAAGUCACUUCUCCUGUUAAGUAUUAUGAGACGAACCGCCAAAAGAGCUCCAGGUUCCCAGGGACGUCUGUUCUGCUUUUCUUGCAUGAAGAUUCAGGGGGGAAACGGAUUUUCCAAGUCCAUGACUUUUUCCAGCACCCACCAUGGCACCGCGUCAACCUGGAAAGUGCUAACGGGAAACUGUCCUGGCAGGCCCUUGGUAAUCAGGAGUUCUACGGGCUGGAUGAGCACAUGCCAGUGUGGGGAGUGCGACAAGUUCAUUAUGGCACUGAAAUUCUGCGCAUCACACUCUACUGUAGCUUUGACAACUACGACGACGCAGUGAGGCUUUAUGAGAUGAUCCUGCAGAAAGAAGCAACUGUGCAAAAAAGCACUUUCUGUGCCUUUAUACUGUAUACAACAGAGAGCAUUGCUGUUCAGCUUUGCCUAAAGCAGCUGCCUCUUGGUCUGUCUGUCGACUUGAAGGAAUCUUCAGUGUUGCAGUUCAAGGUGCAUGAAAUCGGGCAGCUGGUUCCACUUCUGCCGAAUCCUUGUUUUCCUAUCAGCAGGACUAGAUGGCAAACAGAAGAUUAUGAAGGAAACAAGAUCCUGCUUCAGGUUCAAAACAGCUCAAAACACAGUGGAAAGCAGGAUUCACUUCCCAGUUGGCUUAAUAAUGCAAGUGAGGAAGGACUCCCCCACUAUUCCAGCCCCUCCCCAUUAGCUAUGAGAAGAAUAGCUGUGCAGCAAAAAAAUCGAACUCUUCGAGCUGUGAAGAAUAAAAACAAAUCUACACGGAGUGGAGUGUAUGCUCCAGGAAGUCUUUACUGUCUCUCACAAAGCCACUACAGCUCUUCAUCCCAAUCAUGUUGUCCCAAAGAUUCUUCUCUGCAGGACCUAAUGUGUUCUUACAAAAACCUGAAUACUCAGUUAAGACUUCCCAGCUGUGAACUCCAGCACUGUAGAGAGGAAGAAGAGACUAAUGUUGACACAGGCAAUAGAGUAGAACCUUCUGAAAGUGAUGGGUCUCCAUUAAGCAGAUUCUCAAGGGACUUGCGAGAUGGUCUUCCACCACCCCAGGACUUGUGUUGUUCAUGCUCUGGUUCUGGCUCCACAAUCAGCUUGCUCUCUGUAGACAGAAACCAUCCAUUGUUACAAAGUACCAAAAUAAAGAAUAAAGGAUUGGGAGAGAUGCAUUCAGGUUCUCAUCUAAGAUUAUCAAGAACAAGCUAUGGGAAUGAAAAGGAAGAAGAUGAAGAAUUUUUUAUAUGACUUUAAAUACAAACUUAUUUCUCAGUGCCUUAUUUUUGAAAUAAUGGAGAGAGCAAUCUGUAUCCUGCACAAAGGCCUUGUCCUUGUGUAGAUACCCCAGCUGCCUAUACUACCUUGUUCUAGUAGUGCAAAAAGAAAGCUUAGGAGUAGUUUGCAUAAGAUGGCACUUGUAGUUUGUUUACCAUUAGUUGUUUUCCAUGAACAUUAUUCUCUCUUGCAGUUCACUCUAAGCUCCUUGAAAUCAAUGGGAGAAACUUUGCACAGGAUUGCACUGUAAGAGGGGUUCUUUCUUUCUGACUUGUAAGAGGAAGCUCAUAUGCUGAAGGAUUAUUGUGCAAUAGCACAAUAUUGUGAAAUAUUGGACAAUUAUCAUUGUACAAAAAGCCACUGACUUAACACCCCCACCCCAAGUUUACUAAAGUUCCUCAGAAGCAUAGAAGUUGCAAACCUAUUAGCCUCUGUGUGCUGCUGCUGAACGAUGGCCCAGUAAUUUGAGGCACUUUACUGUGUGGUGGAACCGCACAGCAAUGUGACCAGAGCUCUGAACUGAUAUAGCAGCCUUCUUCUUUGCUGAAACUGUCAGGAAAAUGCUGUUUCAUUGUGGACCACGUACCUUGCCACUCGGGAAGUUAGUGCCAGAUGGGUAGGAAUUGGGAGACCUACAAUCUAGAGAUGCUUUAAGUUGUUAAGAAGGGAGAUUUUGAUAUUUGACAAGGUGAAAAGUGUCUGCCUCAUAAUAGGAACUGCACACUCUUGCCUUUUUAAAUUAUUGGGCAAACUAAGCAGGAUUGCUGAAUGGCUGAGUUGCUUAUAUUUGAGUUGCUUAUAUUCUCUAUAUUUGAGAAUCUUUCUAGGGGUUUUCUUCAUAUUAAAAUCAGAAAAAAAUCAGAAAAUAUCAGGUAUCUACCUAGGACCCUUUUAUCCACAAAUGUAUCUGUACUGGCAAUCUAGUGCAUCACAUGGGGCCUUGCUGUAGAACAGAAUAGAAUAUUCUUGGUCAUGAAAUACUGUCCUCACAGAGUUUGUGAGACUGCCCCUGUAGGCACAACUACCUUCUUUCUGCCUCUUUCUACCUGCGUCCAUCACAUGUACACAACUGUGGUGGCAGUGACUAGUUGGUGUUACAUGUCUCCAGGAGCAUACAUCCUGGGUCAUCCUCUACACAUGCAGGCUAAAAGCAGCCAUCUUUCAUUGUGUUUCUACUCUGGCUAUUGAAGUCCUGCUGGCAGAGCCGUUGAGCUGUUUCUAACUAUUCUGGCUUAGCUGAUAAUACUGGAUACCCAGAGCUCUGAGGAAAUUGUACCCAGAGCUCUCAUCAUCGGCAUGCUUCUAUCACUUCCUCAGCAUAUGGAGGUCAAGUUCUGGAAAGGCUGAUAAUAUCAAGCCCUUCAGUUCUAUGGGGAUGUGGUGAAUGGCUGCAUGUGUGGGAAUGGAAGUAUCCCAUUAAUCUGAAUUGGUGAAUGGAAGUGAGACUGAGGUUUGGAUUUGCAAGUCAGCUCUUGGGGUUGUUGACAUCAUAAUUGGAUGAUGGAUGAUGUUAUGAUGUUGACAUCAUAACUGGAAAUGUUCUAUGUAGAAUUCCUGGCAGCAGCAGGGCUUGGGAAGACAUCAGCAAGAGUCCCCAGUGUAGUGCCUGUGGGCAUCAUGAUACCUGCCAACACUUUUCCUGGUACCUGCCAAGUGUUUUUAGAAAGCAGGCAGGGCCAAGUUGGGCUUUUUGAGUUUCUGGCACUUAUGAUAUAAUGCUCAUAGUUGCUUUAUGUAAAGUACCUUACAAAUAACAAUGAUGUCCUAAAAAUGCAGUGUGGCUUGCUUCUAACUAAACAUGAUCAGGCUGCACAGUGAAAAUGCUUAAUGUACUUAAUGUACCUUACUGGAACUUCUAUUGAAGUAAUCAAAUCUUUUUUGUUUGAAUAUAUUGUUAUAAUUCAGGCAGACACUGGUAACAUCACUACAUCAAAUUUUGGUUACUUUUAAAAAAUAUUACUAUGUGAUUAGUUUGAUCAGAAACUCUUACUGUACGCCUGUACAAGGAGCUCUCACCAGCUCUUCAGCGUCAAUUGUCAUUGUUACAGGUAAUAGUGUAUGUGAAAAAUGGCAGGACUCCUGAGAGAAAGGCUCAUGUGGUGACAUGCUUUUGCUUACAUGUGUUAGAUGCCCACAAAAUGAAGACAGAUAUUGCCAAAUGAGAGUUUCUUAGCUAGGUCAAUAUGUAUACAUUUUCUGUGUAUGCAAUAAAUUGUUUUUAAACAAUAUUUUAAAUUUUAAAUGGCAUCUUGUUAAACAGAGCUUUUGUCUGAAAUGUUGAAGAGCUGCCAUAUGUGUAGCCUCACGCCCUAGCAUUUUGUGGUUGGCUCCAACUCAUGUGGCAGAUAUUUUCUAGUUGUAUCCAUAUUCUUCUGUCAGAAUUCCAAAGGUGCCCACAGGUUUAAAAGGUUUGAGGAAGCCUGCCUUUGAGAGUUGUUGUUGGGUGGAGAAGCCAGUACUAAACUAGAUGGCGAAAGUGUCAUUCUGUAUAAGACAAUUUAUUUAUAGUUGAGAUUUGAACAUCAAGAGAGUGAGGUAAUCUGUUCAGUUACACUGUAUUGCUAGUAUUGUUUUUACAUCCUUCUCCAGCUGUGCCAUGUACAGAAAACAUAUUGUUGUAUGUUGCCCCUUCAAAUGGCAUGUGUUCUUCUGCAUGCAAUAUUCUUACAGCCUGAUGAAAGAAGGCUCAUUCCAGAAAUAAACCAUCCUUUAUAUGUU